CUGAGCUCCGGCCGAUCAUGUAGCUGCAGCUCCGUAAUUACCGAAACGGCAUUUUGCAAUUGCAAACCUUCUGCUCUUUGCAGCCUGCUUCCGAGCUGUGCAACCGGCCAUUCCCUCUGCACAGCUCGCAUCUGCAAGAAAUCGGUCGGGGAUCCCAGGUGGAUGAAGAUUGGGAGGCAGCAAUUUUUUUUUGCAUCUUUGUUGCAAAGCUGAAAAGGCAAAGUCUUUUGUGAUUCCCCUCCCCCUCCCAUUCCCAGCAGGGGGAAAAAAAAGAGGAAAAAAAAAUGUCGCUGUCAAAAGGAGCAGGUAAGAAAAAGAACCGAGGGCUGAAGUUAUCAAAGGAGGUUUUCGAGCAGCCACAGGCAAGUCCCACCCCUCCCAGGGACCUGGACUCGAAGGCCUGCAUUGCCAUCGGCGAAAAGAACUUUGAGGUGAAAGCCGAUGAUUUGGAACCACUCUCGGAGCUGGGCCGCGGUGCUUAUGGCGUGGUGGAAAAGAUGCGGCACACACCCAGUGACACGCUGAUGGCUGUCAAGAGGAUCCGCGCCACAGUGAACAGCCAAGAGCAAAAGCGGUUACUGAUGGACCUUGAUAUCUCCAUGCGCACCGUCGACUGCCCCUUCACCGUUACCUUCUACGGAGCACUUUUUCGAGAGGGUGAUGUGUGGAUCUGCAUGGAGUUAAUGGACACCUCCUUGGACAAGUUCUACAAAGGGGUCAUAGACAGGGGUAUGACCAUUCCAGAAGACAUCUUAGGAAAGAUAGCAGUAUCUAUUGUGAAAGCAUUGGAACAUCUACACAGUAAGCUGUCUGUGAUACAUAGAGACGUGAAACCGUCCAAUGUCCUCAUUAACGUACAAGGCCAAGUUAAGAUGUGUGACUUUGGCAUCAGUGGCUACUUGGUGGACUCGGUGGCUAAAACCAUGGAUGCAGGCUGCAAACCAUACAUGGCGCCGGAGAGAAUUAACCCUGAGGUAAACCAGAAGGGAUAUAGUGUCAAGUCUGAUAUCUGGAGUCUGGGAAUCACCAUGAUUGAGAUGGCAAUCUUAAAGUUCCCGUACGAUUCGUGGGGUACUCCUUUCCAGCAACUCAAACAGGUGGUGGAAGAGCCUUCGCCACAGCUUCCUGCUGACAGAUUUUCCAAAGAAUUUGUCGACUUCAGUGCCCAGUGUUUAAAGAAGAACUCCAAAGACAGACCAACAUACUCAGAGCUUAUGCAACACCCCUUCUUCACACUACACGAAUCCAAAGAAACAGACGUGGCCUCAUUUGUGAAGCUAAUUUUGGGAGACUGACAAAUUCCCAGGCAGUGUGACGGCUUUUGCGAUUGGCCCACCUACGUGCUCUACUUUGGGAUGAAAUCGCAAGAUAUUUUCUGCCACGGAUGAUCUUGGAAAUUUGUCAGCAGCUGCAGAAGUAACUCCAGUCUCUGGCAGGAUC